AUGAAGUCGCUCAAGAAGGAAUCCCGCCUCAGAAUAGCUCCUAACAGGUUCAUGGAGGCUACAGAGAGCGUCAAAGAUAAGAAACGGCCCAAGGUAGCCGAGCAGCCCACACCCCCCAUUCAGGAAGAGCCGGAGCCUGUUAGCAAUGUCCUACAAGGAGAUGACAUUCUUGCCUUGGCCAUUAAGACAGAAGACCUGAAGAAGCAACACAUUCCUCGUCUUUCGGAGACAGAGGACAGACCUGUCAUCACACAGAAAUUCAUCAUCCGUAAACUCAAACCCAGGGAUCCCCGGAGGAAGGUCUGCCGCUUGGUAGCGCAUCCAGCCAGUCCGGAUGUUAACACUAAGCCCCUGGACUACUAUGGUAUCCAGCUGAGCCCUGAUGCACUGACUUUCAACGUGACGGGUUCAGGCAGCAGCUUCAGUAACUGGGACAGGAUCCUGCCUCACCACAUCCUGGGCAGUCUCCAGGACUUUAAGAGAAUAGCAGUUGCCCGGGGGAAUACUCAGCUGGCUAAGCUCAUCCACAGCCCACCCUGUCUGCUGACCCUCAUCUCGGCUAAAGAAGAAUCAAAACCAAAGACCUUAAAGGAAAAAAAGAGACUUCCCUGGGCCCCACCUCCUCAACACAACUUUCUGAAAAACUGGCAGCAUCAUCUCACCCUGCGGAAGAGGCAGCAGGAGGCCCUCAGCGAACACCUGAAGAAGCCCGUUGGUGAGCUGCUCAUGCACACUGGGGAGACCUACAGACAGAUCCAGGAGGAGCGAGAGCGCAUCGACCGUUUACUGCCAACACAGCAUGAUGGGAAAGCCUACGAGGAGCCUGGUGGAUUCUGGGCUCCACUGGAAUACCUGGGCAAUGAGAUGACAGGGCUGCUCAUGACCAAGACAAAAACACAGCGUGGCCUGGUGGAGCCAGUCACCCACAUCCGGAAGCCCCGCUGCAUCCAGGUGGAGACUGGAUUGCUGGCCCAGAGGAAUGCCUGGUACCGCUACACCUGGGACCGAAGUGUGUUUCUCAUCUGCCGGCGCAAGGAGCUGCAGAACCUCCUGGCAGAGCAUGGACUCGGCUUGCAGGACCCCGACAGGCUGGAGGUGGUGGGCAGGAGGCAGCCCUGCUUGGCUGUGGCAGCAGAAGACAGUGCAGUGUUGCCUGAGGGGAGCCAUGCAAGCUCUUCUGUAGACACAGUGCAUCUGGACUUGUUUGCCACAUACCCUGAUACAGUCUCUAUGCCCACUCUUGGGCCUUCUCUGCUGUUUUGUGGGAAGCCGGCUGUCUGGAUCCGAGGCAGCAACCCACAGGACAAGAGGCAUGUGGGCAUCAGCGUGUGUUUGACCUUCGAAACCCUGGAAGGGGAGAAAACAUCUUCGGAACUGACUGUGGUCAACAAUGGCACGGUGGCCAUUUGGUAUGACUGGCGGCGGUGGCCACAGCUGGAUGCUUUCCAAUCCGUGAAGAGGAACAGGGGGCAGCGGUUUUACUUUGACAACCGGCAAGGUGUGAUUCUACCAGGAGAAACCAAGAACUUCACCUUCUUCUUCAAGUCUUUAAAUGCGGGGAUCUUCCGGGAAUCCUGGGAAUUUGGAACCCAUCCCAUCCUGUUGGGAGGGGCUGUCCUGCAGGUCAACCUCCACGCGAUCUCACUGGCCCAGGACACUUUGAGGGACGAGAGGAAGUUGCUGGAGAAAAAACUGGCAGCCCACGAGGCGGUCAGCAUUGCCAAAAGCCUGUUGCCGGAGUUACUGAUGGGAGUGCUGACCCCGGAGCCCAAGCCGCUGGCUGCGGACACCUAUCUCACCGAGGAAGACCUGUUCCACCACCAGAAUCCUCGGUUGCAUUACCAGCACCAAGUGGUACAAAACCUGCAGUGGCUGUGGCGCCAGUACAUGAUCCUGCUCCCCAAGGAGGCCUGGCCCAGUGAGGAGGAGCCCCUGAAGCCCAGGGCACUGGUCACAGUGGUCCCAUCAUCCUGCCUGGAGAAGGCUCCAGCCACCCCUGAGCUCUUGCCACACUACAAGAGUCCUCUAUUGGAAGGUCACCUUUCCCGGCAGGAGAACACGGCCUUCUGGGACAUCCGAGAUUCUUCCACACCCCAGAAGACUGGAGCUGGGGUCAAGAGUGCCUACCGAAAGAGCAUCAUGGAAGAGAUCCUAGUGGAGGAAAAUCUGGACAUGGACAGCCCCCUGAGUGCCUGGGACAUGGACAGUCUUUCGCUGCCCAAGUGGAGCCUCUGCCUACAGGAUUUCAGGAAGGCAGUGAUGGCGCUCCCUGAGGAACCCCACAGAGAGGAUGCCCUGGUGAGACUCAACAAGGCAGCCCUGGAGCUGUGUCAGGAGCAGAGGCCAGUGCAGUGCAACUUCUUGCACCAGAUGUGUCUGCAACUGUGGCGAGUUGUGAUCGACAGCCUGGUGAGCCACUCCCUCUGGCUGCGAGUUCUGCUGGGUCUGCCUGAGAAAGAAACUGUCUAUUUGGAAGCGAUGGAGGAGCCAGAUCAAAAGCCCACCCCAGUAAUGGAAGUGAAAGUGCCCCCUGUGAGAGCUGGCAAGGAGGAGCGGAGAGGGGCAGCCCAGGAAAAGAAGCAAACUGGAAUCAGAGACAAGGAGGACAAGAAAGGAGCCAAAAUGCCAGGGAAAGAGCAGGAGCGUGUGAAUAGCAAGAAGCAGAAGGUGAAAGAGGAGAAGAAACUGACGAAAUCCUCAAGCCGGGACAGGCUCUCAGAGGAAACUGCCCAUGACAGCACCACCCCCUCCCAGGAACCCAUAGACCCCCUGAUCAUGGAAAAAUACACACAGAGGCUACACACUGAGGUCUGUGGGCUGCUGAACACCCUGGUGACUGACCUGAUGACUCUGGCCGACGAACUCAGCUCCACGUGAAAGUGCUGACCAUGCAGGGCCAUGUAAAGGCCACCUGCCAGGGGACGGGCUGGCACAUCAAUAAAGAGCCUUUUGCUUUUCGCCCCUUC